AUGAACAAAAACAACGAGGCCGUACUUGUCAAUGUGGUAUACACACCACAAUUGAGUGAAAUACAAACUACACAAUCCAGAACGGAUACUGCAAUUGCUAAUGAACCUGUCAGGGUCACAUCUCAGGAACAUAACAGACACCAGGCACUCUACCUAUUGUUCCCUUUCAAAUAUUAUUCGUAUACCUCAGCAAGAAAUCGAAAUGCAAACAAGGUUGAUCGGUUUGAUCUGCGAUACCAACCUCGACAAUUAAGAUCAAAGUUCCAAUACCCUUCAACAUACCUCUUUUGUCGCGCACCAAGUAUCUUUGCAAAUGGCAUGUGGUCACAACCAUAUAGCAUUUUCACCUUAUACGAAGCACCUGACACAGGACACGAAUCAGCAGCAAAAAUAGCCUCGAAACUUUUUCUCAGCAUUGCGGAAACUGUCCAAUCUAACACCCAUCCAACGUUGCCAAAAACUUUCGUGAAUACUUUAUUGACCAAGUGCCAAGAUGGGCAAGUGAAAUCCAUACUGCAACAAAUCGUUGAACUAUACCACGGUGAAAACGCUGUAGAUAUCUUGGAAAACCAUUUCCUCAACGAAAAAUUAAUGUCUUUAGCCAACUUGAUGUCAGCAAGCCUCGUUUCAGCAAACAAAUCAGUGGCAGAAAAUGUGAAGUCUCGUGUCCUGAAUGGUUAUUAG